AUGGCGUGGGAAGAGCCUAGAAAGACGGGCAUGCAGUACCGCCGCCUGGGCAACUCGGGACUUCACGUUUCGGUGCUGGGUUUGGGCGGUUGGUUGACCUUCGGCGGCCACGUUGAGAAUGAACAGACGUUUGCGUGUAUGAAGCAGGCUUACGACCUUGGCGUCAACUUUUUCGAUACGGCUGAGAGCUAUGCGGGCGGAAACUCGGAGAUCAUCAUGGGCCAGGCCAUCAAGAAGUUCAACUGGAACCGUAAUGACAUUGUCGUCACAACAAAGCUCAACUGGGGCGGCGCCAACGGCGAAGUCCUCGUCAACAACCACGGCCUCUCGCGCAAGCACAUCAUCGAAGGCCUCCGCGCCUCCCUCAAGCGCCUCGACCUCGAGUACGUCGACAUCGUCUACGCCCACCGACCGGACCGCCUGACGCCCAUGGAGGAGACGGUCCGCGCCUUCAACCACGUCAUCGACAAGGGCUACGCCAUGUACUGGGGCACCUCGGAGUGGAGCGCCGACGAGAUCGCCGAGGCCUGCGGUAUCGCAAAGGACCUCAAGAUGAUUGCGCCCGUCGUCGAGCAGCCGCAGUACAACAUCCUCGAGCGCCGCAAGGUCGAGUACGAGUUCCAGCGGCUGUACCAGCGCUUCGGCCUCGGCCUGACCGUCUUCAGCCCCAUCAAGAUGGGCCUGCUGAGCGGGAAGUACAACGACAACCCCGACGCGCCUCCGGCUGGCAGUCGGUUUGCGGAGGGCAAGGGCGAUAAGUUUGUCAACUGGGCCAACAAGGAGUGGUACGGUAACGACGAGUGGAAGGCACUGAUUCAGAAUGUCGUCAAGCUCAAGGGUAUUGCAGAGAAGCUCGGCGCAACGCAGUCACAGCUUGCCCUGGCGUGGUGCCUCAAGAACCCCAACGUUACCUCUGUGAUCACCGGAGCCUCACGGCCGGAGCAAAUCGUGGAGAAUGUGGGCGCAUUGAAGGUUCUGGAGAAGCUUACGCCCGAGAUCAUGGCCGAGGUCGAUGCCAUUGUGGGAGAGGUCAAACUGGACCCGGCAAGACAAGAUUAG